AUGGCGGACAACAAGCGCCAGAGCAUGGCAGGGAAGGUUGCUACGCCCACCCUGAAGGCGGGUUCCAGCAAGGAUGUUGGUGAUGCGGAUUCGAACUUGUACAAGGCCGUCGGGUCACGGAUCAAGAUCACAUGCGCGCCCAACGACAACGUCUUGGAAGGCACGCUCUUCACAGCCUGCAACACCACCAACGCAAUCGCCAUCAAUACUGCGCCUGCGCCGCCGAACCCCUCCGCCUCGCUCGCUACCCAGCCCGGAGACUAUCACAUCAUCCCUUUCGCACACAUUCUGUCUUUCGAGCUCGUUGGACGCGCGACAGAGUCCAAUGCAGGGUUCGAUGGCGCGAUCCCAAGUAUCGCAAAGGUCGACAUGGCAGCGCUGAUAGCUAGGGAGGAACAGACAAUCCGCGAGAUGAAGAAGAAGGAUGCACAAAAGGGCAAGGGUGUCAGCAGGGAGGCGCAGGAGAUAUAUGAUACCAUCAGCAGAACACUGCCCACAAGAUGGGCUGACAGCCAAAUUGUCGUUAACGACGCAGUUCUCGUUCAGCCUCCAUACACAUUGGACAGCAUCAGGGCCCCGGCCGGCAAGGAACAAAGUGCAGCCCAAGUGAAGAAGAUCAUAGAGCGUUAUUACCAGCAAAAGAGAGCCACAGAUGGCGCGACGAAAGCUCCAAUCACUACGCCGAUCGCACCACGAAAGGGCGGUUAA